GCUAUCCCACGAAUCGCACGGCCUUCAUUCUGGCAAUCCCUCAUUCCAAAACCGUUUCGACGAGGAGAACAGCCACCUUCGGCAAAAGGACGUACGGCGGACGGAUGGCUGUUCUUUAUUAUCAUGCCAUUACUCAUCGGGUCCCAGGCUAUCCAGUUAAUAACCCUCAAGAAGGAAAUGGCAGCGUACUCGCGACAGACUAAAGGAAAGAUUGCUCUGUUGAAAGAGGUGAUUGGGAGGAUUCAGAAGGGGGAGCAGUUCGAUGUAGGCAAGGCGUUGGGCGGUGGAGAUCCGAUCCCGGAGGAAGAAUGGAAGGAGACAAUGGAGGAAGUGAAGAGUGGCCCAUUAUUCUCGGAGAAAGACAGGAGACCGCCAUGGACGAAGCGAGAGACGAAAGCGGAGAAACCUGAAAAGACGGAGGAGCCC